UCGUUCAGCAUUUUUGGUUCUUCCACUAACAGAGCCAUUAAAUCUUCUCUCAAAAUAUUUGUGAUUCCAUGCCCAACGCCCUACCCUGAAAAUAUGGUAGCCGAGAGAGAGGUUAACGGUAACGGUAACGGCGUCGGAGAGGGAAGAACAACGCUAAUAUUCACCUACGGAACCCUGAAGCGAGGCUUCUCCAACCACCCCCUUCUCCAAGACCUAAUUCGCUCCGGCGACGCCUCCUUCGUCGGAACCUACCGCACCGCCGCCAAAUAUCCUCUAGUCUGUGGGCCCUACAAGGUCCCCUUCCUCCUCAACAUUCCCGGGUCGGGUCAUGGGGUCCAUGGGGAGCUUUACUCGGUCUCCACGCGCGGCCUCGAGCGCAUGGACGAGCUCGAGGGAACCUCACGCGCCCACUACGAGCGUCUCCCGAUCAAGGUGGUUCCUGCGGCCGAGGAAGAGGACGACGACGGGUUUGAUGGGGAGGAGGAGGCGGCGGCGGGGCUAACGUGCGCCGAGGCGUAUUAUGCGCAUGGGAACUACGCGAUGGAGCUGUGGAAGAAAAACGGGAAGCGUGGGUUGAGGUGUUAUUCGCAGAAAGAGACAAUUGGUUAUGUGAAGCGCAAGGAUAGGCCUCAGCAUUUGACCUUCCUGGAUCACAUUCGCUUCUUCCUUUCCUCUAAUUAGCCUUUCUCGUUAAUUAGGUUACUCCAAUCCAUUCCUGCUUCCUGCCCUUUUUUUCUUCUUAGCUUAUGUUAUGCACUACUUUGUAUUUUGCCAAGACCAAUUCAUGAUCACCAGGAUCUCUGUCUCUUACUCUUUUGUUUAGUUCUGUACGACGUGAAAAAACAAACCUUGCUAUUUUUAUUUUUUUGGUCAAAGUUUGAAAUUAAUUUUAUAUUUUAAGAGAGGGUA